AUGGAAGACGAAGGCUCACAAUCGAUAUUAUGUGCUUGGCCCUAUAAAUGGUCAGAUUGAACGACUGGCAGUGGCAGUCCACAAGCAAAAUCACCGGCAGGAAGCAGCGCAGGGGCGCUAGUACCUUCGGAUCCUGCGCGUACCCCCACGGCACCAGCGAACAAAGCGCUGCAAAAUGUCAAGGGGGGAGACCAUCCGUCGGUAAGCCAGCCUGGCCAGGAUAUGGCCUUCCUUCAAAGUCGCUCAAUAUCAUUAGUGGACAUGUACAUUGACAAUUCCGAACCAUCGGAAAACGUCGGACAAAUACAUUUUUCUUUGGAGUACGAUUUUCAGAAUACCACGUUAAUUCUUAAAAUUAUGCAGGGUAAAGACCUACCGGCCAAAGAUCUGUCGGGCACGAGCGACCCCUACGUCAGGGUGACCUUGUUGCCCGAUAAAAAGCACCGAUUAGAGACGAAGAUUAAACGUAGGACCCUAAAUCCCAGAUGGAACGAGACGUUCUAUUUUGAGGGAUUUCCCAUCCAGAAGUUACAAUCCAGGGUUUUACAUCUGCAUGUGUUCGACUACGAUCGGUUUUCCAGGGACGAUUCUAUUGGAGAAGUUUUCUUACCGCUAUGCCAAGUUGAUCUCAGUGAAAAACCCUCAUUCUGGAAAGCCUUGAAACCACCAGCAAAGGACAAAUGCGGAGAACUGCUUACGUCGUUGUGUUAUCAUCCCAGCAACAGCGUUCUUACCCUAACAUUGCUCAAAGCACAUCCCUACGUGAAAGUCUGGCUUCAAUUUGGCGACAAGCGCGUGGAAAAACGUAAAACAGCCAUCUACAAAUGCACACUUAAUCCUGUUUUUAAUGACACGUUUUCGUUUAACGUCCCGUGGGAGAAGAUACGAGAAUGUUCGCUAGACGUCAUGGUGAUGGAUUUCGAUAAUAUAGGAAGAAAUGAAUUGAUAGGAAGGAUAUUGUUGGCUGGUAAAAAUGGUUCGGGUGCUUCAGAAACGAAACACUGGCAAGACAUGAUAACGAAACCCAGACAGACCAUAGUGCAAUGGCAUCGACUCAAACCAGAGUAGACAAGAGAUGGUAACAAACAAGAAACACACACACAAAAAAAAACAUAUUCUAACUGUGUAUUAAAAUAUUUAAUUAUAAUUAACUUUGCAUCUGAUAAACUUAUCAGUUUUAAAUAUUAUUAUAUUUAUAUCAUAUUUACAUUUGCCAAUUUAUUAUAAUAUGAAUUUAUUGACAAUAAGAUUACUGAUGUUGAGGCGAUAGAACUCAAGUUUAGAUAGUUUAAUGGGUUCUAACGAAAAUAUAUUUUUCAUCUAUCUGGUAAAUUGUGUGUAUCCAAAAUUAAAUUUGUUUGGUACUUGUAAUUUUAAUGGAAAAUAGUUGCCAACAGACUUUAAAAUAUUGAAACAUAUUGACGUUAUUUUUAAACUGUUUAAACUUGAGAUCUUGGCUUUUCUGAUGGUUUUAGGUGUCCAAUUACAAUUAUUUUCCAAUCAUAAAUAAUUUUCAAUCUUUCUUAAAUGCAUGGGACUUAUAGGAAAUCGCUAAAUUUUUCAGGAUUAAUAAACUAACAUCGUAGUCAGGCUAUUAUACCAAAGUUGUCCUAACGUGCCCCAACAUUCUCAUCAAUUUGUAUAGUGACUUCUGAAAAUUUCAUAAAUAUCAUGCAUUUAUUCUCUAACUUAACCCUCUUCCAUUGUGUGGUUUGGUUUAAAGACUGCUGCGGAAAUAAAUCUUAAGAAUUUUUUCUCCAUGUAUAAACGAAAUAUCUAUUGAGAAAAUAUAUAUCCAUAUCUUUACGUUAGUUCACCGGUAAUCAAUAUUUAGGACAAGUAAAAACCAAGUUCACUUUCGUCAACGUUCCAUAUUGUUUCAAUCAAUGGAAAUGAUAAUAAAACAGGAGAAAUUAUGCUAUACUAAUUACACUAUAACGAUGAGAUACAAAGAAUGAUAGGUACGAGAAUUCACUAGCAAAUCAUUGGCGGGUGGAAGCUAGACGAAAGAAAAAGACUGGAGAAAGGGAGUAAAUGAAGAAACGAGGUCCAAGAAUGGUGUGAGUCUUAUGACUUUACUAUUUUCGUAAUCGCCUUAGACAACGUUAAGAAAAGCAUAAUUGGUCGAGAAUUAGAAAACUAAGCAACAAUCUCAAUGCCUGCUGGAGAAAUAGCACAGCAGUGGAAGUGGAGAACUAUCGGUCUGCCAAGACCUCAGCAAGUCAAAUCUUCCUAAUCUGUAGGGGGGAAAAUAGAACAAGUAUCGGGCAGAAAAAUUUGAGAGAAGCGGAUGGACACAUUUCUUUACGAAAACAAGGUUCAAGACGAGAUCAUCAGCUAAUUCAUACUGCUUAUUGUGACGAAUAUCAUCUAUAACAUAUAAUAAUAUAAAUAAAACUCCAACUUUCCUUCUUUUUAUUUCCAGAUUUCAUUAAUCGAGCGGAAUUGUUUCGCUACAGAAAUAAGUUUCCGGUAAAAGUAGAGAGUAGAGGUUCGGUACGGUUUUCAAUGAGAUGUAUUUUUAAAUUUCCUUACAGGUAAUAACUCCAUAUUAUCAAAAAGAAUAUCAUCACAGAUGUCAAUGUAGUAAAAAAAACUUCUCAGCAGGUAGAGCGAACAUCGGUUAGUUAGGGCAGGGCCAGAAAUAGGAUCGACAUCAUGAAAGUUAGAGUAAAGAUGAUAUCGAAUACCUACCUGAAAUGCAUCGAUAGAAAAUAACCUGUUACCUACUAAGAAACUGAUACCUGACUCAUCUGAACGAAGAUGAGAACAAUGUCGAAAAAUUAAGUGCCUCAAUCAACAAUACUUUUAAGGAAGCCCAGAGGCGAAUUACUGCAUAGCAGUUUAAACCAGGGAAGAAAAAUUGAGCCAAAGUAUGACAAAUAUCAUGAACUAAAAGAAGAGACAAACAAAUAUCGAAAGGUAUCCUAAGGCAACUGAACAAAGAUAUUUCCAAGUCUGCCUGACGUGAUCUUUGAACAUACGAUAACGAACGUUUAUCUGAAGUGAAUCUGGAGGAGUAUUUUCAAACUCGCCGAUAAAAACGGUAACAUUAAAACAAGUAAAGUUGAUGUGUUGAAAAUUACAGAAGAGUUUCAUAGAAAACUUUACACGGGAGACACGGAUAAGUCAAAUGCAUGGCGGAUGCCAAAAAUUUAAAAUAUCGGAUCUGAGGAUAUUUCAGAUGUAUAUCUGGAUGACAUAACUGCUUCCGUCUCAGAAAUGAAAAACAAUAUAACGGUAUAGCUAUUGAAUCGACUAGGGAGGGCGGUGGGUGAAACUUAUUAUGUGCUUUCCAUACACUUUUUAACACCAUAAUAUGUCUUCUCAAAGGGGCUACACCUUCUCAAUGGCAUAAUUUUGUAAUAGUCAUCAUGCAAAAAAGGGUAUAUUGCAGACAUGGAACUUUACAAAAAGACUCGCAAAAGUUGCAAAUCAACUCGACAAUUACCAACCAAUGGAGCAAGCCAGUUUCCAACGAGAUAAGUGACUCCAUUCAUGAAAACCUUGUUUGAGAAAUGUGUUGAAUACAAUAAGCCGCUUAUUUUUAUAUUUGUGAAUUAUGAAAAAGCAUUCGACACGAGUGACCAGCAGCAAAUGCUCUUAGCUCUUGCUGAUUGUCAAAUAAACCACCGCACCCAAGGUUGUUUGAGAUCGAGUUGUCUGAUAACUUUUAUGACGUCAUCUGGGGUGCCUCAACAUAAUGCAUAUCCCUAUAAGGCAUCUCAGAUGACGUCAUCAAGUUACGCAUUACCAGAUAACCUUUCAACUUUAGGAACCUAGCACCACACCGAUAUAUUCUCGUAAUUUCAACCAUCUAUGAAACUGCACUGUCAUACGUUAAACUUCUCGAAAAUACUAGCAAAUGACACCGAAAUUUGAAUAUGUGUUAGACCUUGUCGACCUUGACUUCCUGAUAAAAAGUUUUCAUCGUUCCAACCCAAUCCUAUGACUAGUUUUCGAGAUACUGAUAGUUUGUUGUCUAAAAAAUGUACAUAUUCAUAUGUAUUUACAUCUACUCUCACGUGAGCUUGAAGAUCUACCUGUCCAUCCUGGGUACAUUUUUAGGUGACAGGUAAAUGUAUAUGGAUUGGUACAUUUCUUGGACAUUGAACUUCCUGUUUCACAAAAACUAGUCCUAUAGGAUUUGGUUGGGCUGAUGGAAACUUUUAUGGGGAAGUCAAGGUUUACCGUAUACUACAUCAAAAUUGCAUUGAAUUUGGCAGAAAACGAAAAACCCAAAAGAGGUGUGCGGGGUUCUUAGAAUAGAGCGCGGUGUCAGACAAGGAGACAUCGCCUAUCCCAAAUUAUUCACCAAACAUGCUUGAAUAUAAUAAAUCUUUUGGUAGCAUCCAAAAAGGUCCGACCAAAAAUUAAUAUGUACCUCGAAAACACAUUUUAUGAAGAACCUUGUAGUUAAUGGCUGUAAAGUUCCUCUGAAUGGUGGAGAGAUCGAGC